UUACCAUUUUUGUUGACUCUUCAAUCUACAUAUCAAUCGUCGAUUUAUCACGGACCUGUCAUAUAUCAUACUGACCGCCGAGCGAAACCGGUGCAUUUCAUGUUCGGUCGAAGCAGCCAAGGUUACUGCCAGUCAUGCCGGCAUCUUCAGGGCAUCCACAAAUUUGUUCCGAGAUGUUCUCAGAGCUCUCAUUCUCUGUCCCUCUCUAUUUCCUUGUUUUCGCCUCCAAUUUCCGUUCUUUGCUCUCCAGUAUCCGUGGAGCCUAGAUGGCUUCCUUCAACUUGACUGUUGAAGAUAGCUCGCCUUUGAUAUCGUAUUCACCAGCUGGUGCUUGGUCAGAUUCUCCCGCUAAUGACACCUUACUUUCUUCUUAUUCUGGCUCUUCAUACCACAUCACCUCCACUCAAGGCGCGACAGCUACUAUAACGUUCACUGGCAUAGGAAUUACAAUAUUUGGGGGUCAUAGGCAAAAUUAUGGAACAUACCAGAUAUCCGUGGAUGGGCAGACUGUCGUUGCUUCCGAAUCUUCUGCUGGUCAAGAUGUCUUUCAGCAAGUUUUAGGAACGGUUUCUGGAUUAAGCAAUGAGAAACACACCGCUGUCGUCACGAGCUCCAGUGCUUCCUCAAUCGAUAUCGACUAUGUCAAUGUACAGACACAGAUCGGAGAAACUGGCUCUCAGUUGACGAAAUCCACAGUAGAUGACAGCGACCCAAGCUUUAUCUAUACUCCAGCUUCAGAGUGGAGUGUCAAUGACCAGAAUUAUUUCAUGAAUGACACACUACACUACACUUCCAGUGCUGGCGCCAGUGCAUCCGUCACAUUCUCUGGCGAGGCAGUUGCAUUGUACGGCACCGUUUCUCAAGACCAUGCAGACAUCCAGCUUUCAUUAGAUGGUCAAAAUGUCACUUUUGGCGCUGGUGCCAAUGGUUUCGCCUCUACACUCCAUAGCCAGAUUCUCCUUUAUUACGCGCAAGGUCUCGGGUCAAAUCAACAUAGCUUGGUGGUUGCUGCAGAUCCUCAAUCCGGAACUGGUCCUUUCAUUGAUGUUGACGCUGUCGUUGUGUAUUCUUCGAUCCCGGGGUCUACUACCAGCUCUAGUAAACCUACUUCUACGAGCUCCCAACGUGAUAUGACUUCGUCUGGCAAACUCCCAACAAAGACCAUCGUCGGUAUAAUCGUCGGAAGUAUUUUUGGUUUCCUACUGCUCCUUGCUCUGCUUCUACUUCUAUUACGCUGGCGACGUUGGCGACGACAGGGCCAAGCUGACUUGUCACCUCUCACUCCGACACUUCCCAUCCAGAAUCCUGAUAUGCUGGAAGCCGGUCUGUCCACUCGGUCAGGUGGAUCCAGAUUGUCGCAAAAUUCUAUGUCAAGUUUUUAUAGUGGCACUCCUCCAGAAGAAGGUUUCAUGCAAGGACAUUCGCGGGAUGCUAGCACCGCUGAAUCAUUUUCCUCAACGGCACCCAUCAAUGCUAGCAGUGCUGUUCCUGCCACUCGCGAUCAUUCCAUAAGUUCGAACGUUCCCAUAAGACCGAACCUACGUCCGCCUCCGUUAAAACUGCCUGUUUCUUGAGUUAUGGAAUCUACAUGUCGUAGUAGUAGCACAUUUGAGUUUAUCUUCAAUGAAUUUUGAACAGAGGUUGAAGAGUGAGAUUAACACCGACAACUGGUCCGACAUGCAUCAUUUGUUUGUAGCGGUGGAAACCGUCGAGAUCAAUGGAUUUGAAUUGAGCCGGGC